AUUGAUAUUCGGUGUACUUUGUUUUGGAGCACCAGCUCAUAAACAUAGCGAAGUCUGCGGAAAGGAUACGAUUUCAAUUGUUAGACCAGCAACGCAUUCUGACAACUGGUCAAUGGUGGAUAAGCAAGUUGAAGCAAGAGCCCCGGAGUCGGACAAAUGGCUAUUGAAAUUGAUCGAUCCCGAUUACGGACCCUAACCCUAGUGAACGCCUAGUAUAAGAUCGUACGCUUUACUAAUACCUGGAUACUUGGACUUACGCGUUCACUGCAUUUGAAGCUGACCCUUACUGACCUCCAGUCUGAAAUUUUUAUGAAGUAGUUCUUCAUUUCCACGGGCAUUCCAACAACAUAGCAAUACACUCACCAUGACAACACGCCGGCGAGCAAAUAGUAUGACAGACGCAUUUGGAAUGAGACGUGAAUACCGGGAAUUGCUCCAGAACCAUCCAGGAAUCGCGACUGCUCUAGCGGAAUCCUUGACUAAUGUAGCUAUCCUUGGCCAGCCCAGUCGUCUGUUGGUAUCUUACAAAUCCGUUGCGUCGACAUCGCUGUCACCGCUGAUAUUUUUGUUUCAUCUUUGUAGCAAGAUUGAUGAAUUCUUGUCGUCGUUACCAAAGCUCACCGAACAGGAUAUUGUUACCUCAGAGUUGACGGAUGCCUCCUGUCCCAUCUGCAUAACGCCCUUCCUUGCACUUCUUGCAGAGGAAGAGAUGGCGGUUGCCAUGGAGUCUCCGGCACACCACACCGAGGAACUCGGAGUUACGAAGCUUCAGAACAAAUGUGGCCAUGUGUUCUGCAGAAAAGAUAUACAGAACUGGUUGCGCGGUGGUCACAAUUCAUGCCCCACUUGUCGACGCACUCUUGUUGACGUAGCAGCACAGACUACACCUUUCAAUGUUCAACCACCCGCUGUCGCCGAGAUGAUCGCAAUGUUGGGUCGAGUGGAUCCAUUUGACCCAGUGGGAGCUCGAGACCUUUACGAAGUUAUAGAUGUUGACGUAGACCAAGUCCCUGAAGCUGACGACUUGUUCGCAAACACCGAUAUUCGUCUUCAGGCACAACCAGCUCCAGGCCAAGGUGAAGAGCAUGAUGAUAGACACGAGUUCACCUCAAUGUAUUCUUGAUUUUCGUAUUCGGUGGACGGUUACCGUUUCCUAUCUUCUCGGCUGGGUUGUACAAUAGGUCUGUGGCUCAUAUUGUAAUCGUGCUAGCGUUGAUUACUCUUAGUAUAACCCCCUACUCAGCUGUACUAUACCUUAGGCUUUAGCUUCCAAAUUUCAGCUUUUUCUUCUUCACCUUUUG